AUGGCCCACCCUCAGGGCGGCUACGAUGACGGCUACGGCCAACAGCGACCUCCACCGCACGGCGGCGCUGAUCCAUACUACCAGGACGACCAGGCCUACUACGAUCAGCAAGGAUACGCUCAGGGCGGCCAGGGCCAGCAAGAUGGAUACUAUGAUGAUCAGGGCUACUACCAGGCCGGCCACGACAGCUAUCAAGAUGGAUACUACGACGCUGGCCAGCAAGGCUAUCAAGAUGAGUACUACGACAACCAGUACUACGACCAAGGCGCUCCACCUGCAGGCCAGUACCAGCAGCCGGGUCAGGGCGGUGUCCCGAGGAGGCGCGGCCACGACUCCGAAGAAGACUCGGAGACUUUCAGCGACUUCACAAUGAGGUCUGACAUGGCCCGCGCCGCCGAGAUGGACUACUACGGACGUGGCGACGAGCGAUACAACUCGUAUGGUGACGGCCAAGGUCGUGGAUACCGCCCUCCAUCAUCGCAAGUUUCGUAUGGAGGCAAUCGCUCAUCAGGCGCCUCAACACCCGUCUAUGGCAUGGACUACACAAGCGCGCUGCCAGCUGGCCAACGGUCUAGAGAGCCAUACCCAGCCUGGACCUCCGACGCUCAAAUUCCGCUGUCCAAGGAAGAGAUCGAAGACAUCUUCCUCGAUCUGACGGCAAAAUUCGGCUUUCAGCGUGACAGCAUGCGCAACAUGUUCGACCACUUGAUGACGCUUCUCGACUCCCGUGCAUCGCGCAUGUCUCCCAACCAGGCACUUCUUUCACUUCACGCCGACUACAUCGGUGGCGAGAACGCCAACUACCGAAAAUGGUACUUCGCCGCUCACCUCGACCUCGACGACGCUGUCGGAUUCGCCAACAUGAAGUUGGGCAAGGCCAACCGCGCGACUCGCAAGGCUCGCAAAGCCGCCAAGAAGAAGAACAAGGACAAUGAGCCUCAGAACGAGGAGGCAACUCUCGAGAGCCUUGAAGGUGACAACAGCUUGGAGGCCGCAGAAUACCGCUGGAAGACGCGCAUGAACCGCAUGUCUCAGCAUGACCGCGUCCGCCAAAUCGCGUUGUACUUGCUCUGCUGGGGAGAGGCCAACCAGGUCCGGUACAUGCCAGAAGUUCUGUGCUUUUUGUACAAGUGUGCAGAGGACUACUAUCAGUCUCCCGCCUGCCAGAACCGCGUCGAGCCUGUUGACGAGUUCACCUACCUCAUCAACUGCAUCAAUCCCUUGUACGACUUUUGCAGAGACCAAGGAUACGAGAUUUACGAAGGCAAAUACGUGCGCAAAGAGCUGGAUCAUCAAAAGGUCAUCGGAUACGACGACAUGAACCAGCUCUUCUGGUAUCCCGAGGGCAUCGAGCGGCUCUCCUUUGAGGAUAAGACCCGUCUGGUUGAUCUGCCGCCCGCUGAGCGAUACGAGCGCCUGAAGGACGUGCUUUGGAAGAAGGCCUUCUUCAAGACCUACAAGGAGACUAGAUCGUGGUUCCACAUGUUGACCAACUUCAACCGCAUCUGGAUCAUCCACGUGUGUGUCUUCUGGUUCUACACCGCUUUCAACUCGCCUACGCUCUACACCAAGGACUACCAACAACAGCUUAACAAUAAGCCCAAUGCACCUGCACAAUGGUCUGCCGUCGCGCUUGGUGGUACCAUUGGCUGCAUCAUCCAAAUUCUCGCUACCCUCGCCGAGUGGUUGUACGUCCCACGACGAUGGGCUGGCGCUCAGCACUUGACCAAACGUCUAUUCGCUCUUCUCGGCAUGCUCGCGAUCAAUGUCGCACCAUCAGCCUACAUCUUCGGUUUCCAGCAAACGGGCAAGAUCGCUCUCAUUCUGGGUGUGGUCCAGUUUCUGAUCGCUCUGGCUACCGUGUUCUUCUUCGCUAUCAUGCCUCUGGGCGGUCUCUUCGGCAGCUAUCUGAAUGGAAAGCGACGACAGUACGUGGCCAGUCAGACUUUCACCGCGAGCUGGCCUCGUCUGCAGGGCAACGACAUGUGGAUGUCUUACGGCCUUUGGACUUUGGUCUUCGCUGCCAAGCUGGCAGAGUCUUACUUCUUCUUGACUCUGUCCAUUCGUGACCCAAUUCGGAUUCUCUCCACCAUGGAAAUCCAGAACUGCGUUGGAAUCCUGUACCUCGGAGACAUCCUCUGCAAGCAGCAGCCGACUGUCCUGCUUAUUCUGAUGUACUUCACCGAUCUGAUUCUUUUCUUCCUGGAUACUUACCUCUGGUACGUCAUCUUGAACUGCGUCUUCUCCGUCGCCCGAUCUUUCUACCUUGGUGUGUCUAUCUGGACACCGUGGAGAAAUAUAUUCUCUCGCCUCCCAAAGCGAGUGUACUCGAAGAUCUUGGCCACGACCGACAUGGAGAUCAAGUACAAGCCAAAGGUGCUCAUCUCUCAGAUCUGGAACGCCAUUGUCAUCUCCAUGUACCGCGAGCACUUGCUCGCUAUCGACCAUGUCCAGAAGCUCCUCUACCACCAGGUUCCGUCCGAGCAGGAGGGGAAGCGCACUCUCCGCGCGCCAACGUUCUUCGUGUCUCAAGAAGAUCACUCCUUUAAGACGGAGUUCUUCCCAGCCAUGUCCGAGGCCGAGCGUCGUAUUUCCUUCUUCGCUCAGUCGCUAUCGACGCCAAUCCCCGAGCCUCUGCCCGUUGACAACAUGCCGACGUUCACUGUCAUGAUUCCUCACUACAGCGAGAAGAUCCUCCUGUCUCUUCGCGAGAUUAUCCGCGAGGACGAGCCAUACUCCCGUGUCACUAUGUUGGAGUAUCUCAAACAGCUUCACCCUCAUGAAUGGGACUGCUUCGUUAAGGACACCAAGAUUCUGGCUGACGAGACCUCGCAAUUCAAUGGAGAGUACGAGAAGAACGAGAAGGAUACCGCCAAGAGCAAGAUUGACGAUCUGCCAUUCUACUGCAUCGGUUUCAAGUCCGCCGCUCCCGAAUACACCCUCCGCACUCGCAUCUGGGCUUCCCUCCGCUCGCAGACACUUUACCGCACGAUCUCCGGUUUCAUGAACUACAGCCGUGCCAUCAAGCUGCUGUACCGGGUUGAAAACCCUGAAGUCGUUCAGAUGUUCGGUGGCAACUCGGACAAGCUCGAGCGCGAGCUCGAACGCAUGGCCCGCCGCAAGUUCAAGAUCGUGGUCUCCAUGCAGCGUUACUCCAAAUUUAGCAAAGAGGAGCGUGAAAACGCCGAGUUCCUUCUCCGUGCCUACCCUGACCUUCAGAUCGCCUACCUGGAUGAGGAACCGCCAGCCAACGAAGGCGAGGACCCCAGACUCUUCUCUGCACUCAUCGAUGGCCACUCCGAGCUCAUGGAGAAUGGCAUGCGUCGUCCCAAGUUCCGCAUCAUGCUGUCUGGCAACCCCAUUCUCGGUGACGGCAAGUCUGACAACCAGAACCACUGCCUGAUCUUCUAUCGCGGAGAGUACAUCCAGCUUAUCGAUGCCAACCAGGACAACUACCUCGAGGAGUGCUUGAAGAUUCGCUCCGUGCUCGCAGAGUUCGAGGAAAUGACUACCGACAAUGUCUCGCCAUACACUCCAGGUCUGCCACCUACCAAGUUCAACCCCGUCGCCAUCCUCGGUGCGCGUGAAUACAUUUUCUCCGAGAACAUCGGCAUCCUUGGUGACGUCGCUGCUGGAAAGGAACAGACAUUCGGUACACUCUUCUCUCGUACUCUGGCACAGAUUGGUGGCAAGCUCCACUAUGGUCACCCGGAUUUCCUCAAUGGCAUCUUUAUGACCACGCGUGGCGGUGUCUCCAAGGCGCAGAAGGGACUUCACUUGAACGAGGAUAUCUACGCUGGUAUGAACGCCAUCCUCCGUGGUGGUCGCAUCAAGCACUGCGAAUACUACCAGUGUGGUAAGGGACGUGAUUUGGGUUUCGGCUCUAUUCUCAACUUCACCACCAAGAUUGGAACUGGCAUGGGAGAACAGAUGUUAUCCCGCGAGUACUACUACCUCGGAACACAACUCCCGCUGGAUCGCUUCCUGUCCUUCUACUACGCUCACCCUGGCUUCCAUAUCAACAACUUGUUCGUCAUGCUGUCAGUGCAGAUGUUCAUGUGGUGCUUGCUCAACCUGGGAGCCCUCCGCCACGAGACCAUCAGCUGCCGAUACAACCGCGAUGUCCCCGAGACCGAUCCUCUUUACCCGACUGGAUGUGCCAACACCGUUCCGAUCCUCGACUGGGUGCAGCGUUGCAUCGUUUCGAUCUUCAUCGUGUUCUUCAUCUCCUUUGUGCCACUCACGGUGCAGGAGUUGACCGAGCGUGGAUUCUGGAGAGCCCUGACCCGCCUGGCGAAGCAUUUCUCCUCGCUAUCCCCGCUGUUCGAGGUGUUCGUCACGCAAAUCUACGCCUACUCUCUCCAGCAGGAUCUGUCUUUCGGUGGUGCUCGCUACAUCGGCACCGGGCGUGGUUUCGCCACCGCUCGUAUGCCGUUCGGUGUUCUUUACUCCCGCUUCGCUGGACCAUCAAUCUACAUGGGUGCUCGUCUCCUAAUGAUGCUGCUCUUCGGAACGUUGACAGUCUGGGGAUACUGGCUGCUUUGGUUCUGGGUGUCUCUCCUCGCCCUGUGCAUUUCGCCCUUUGUCUUCAACCCCCAUCAAUUCGCCUGGGCCGAUUUCUUCAUCGACUACCGCGAGUUCUUGCGCUGGUUGUCACGCGGAAACACCAAGGCUCACUCGGCAUCCUGGAUCGGCUUCGUGCGUCUGUCGCGCACUCGCCUCACUGGAUUCAAGCGCAAGGCUCUCGGAGAGCCUUCUGCCAAGCUCUCUGGUGACACCCCUCGCGGCAAGUUCACCAACAUCUUUUUUAGUGAAAUCCUUGGCCCGCUUGUCCUGGUCGCAGCCACCCUGAUCCCUUACCUCUUCAUGAACUCCGGUGUCGGUGUUAUCGCUGAGAACAACGACGGCGUUGAUAUUAAGCCCAGAAACGCCCUCAUUCGCGUCGGUCUGGUCGCCUUCGGCCCGAUCGCCGUCUACGCCGGAGUUGCUAUCAUGUUCUUCGGAAUGGCUUGCUGCAUGGGACCACUGCUUAGUAUGUGCUGCAAGAAGUUUGGUGCCGUCCUCGCUGGAAUUGCCCACGGUGUUGCCGUUGUUAUGCUGUUGGCUUUCUGGGAGGUCAUGUUCUUCCUCCAGAGCUGGAACUUCUCCCGGGCUCUAUUGGGCAUGAUCGCCGUCGUGGCCAUUCAGCGCUUCAUCUUCAAGCUCAUCAUCGCUCUCGCCCUCACCCGAGAGUUCCGCGCCGACACUUCGAACAUAGCAUGGUGGACCGGCAAGUGGUACGCUCUGGGCUGGCACACAAUGUCCCAGCCAGGCCGUGAGUUCCUCUGCAAGAUCACCGAGAUGGGAUUCUUUGCCGCAGACUUCUGCCUUGGUCACAUGCUGCUCUUCUUCAUGUUGCCCGCGAUCUUGAUCCCAUACAUCGACAAGUUCCACUCAGUCAUGCUCUUCUGGUUGAGGCCUAGCCGUCAAAUUCGCCCACCGAUCUACUCGCUCAAGCAAUCGAAGCUUCGCAAACGCCGCGUGGUGCGCUACGCCAUCCUCUACUUCACCAUGUUCGUCCUCUUCAUCGCCCUCAUCGUUGGCCCUGUGAUCGUGUUGAAGAUCACGAAGAAGGUGCCCGACUUUGGCACUCUCCCGCUGCAGCUUCUGCAACCCACCGACUGGAAGAACAAUGACACCACGAACAAGGCUUGGACACCCGAAGCGGGGAGUUGUUACUUGUGA